CGCCCUGACUGACCGCAGGAGAAGCUUUUGUUCGUCUCUUGAUUGAGAUCGUUCUUGAUGGAGCGCAAGAACUCGUUUGGCUCGUCGUGGGCGGACCAGUGGGACUACGGCAGCGACCCGGCCCCGCGGGCCGGCGGCAAGAAGCAGGGCGGCGUGGAGAAGACCAAGGCGGCCGCGGCCACGGGGCUGAAGAAGGUGAAGGAGGGCACCGCGCACGGCUUCCAGUGGAUCAAGGGCAAGGUGCAGAAGAAGAAGCAGGGCGGCGCCGCCGGCGACGACGCGACUGCCGGGUAUUGAUUAGCCAGGCCCCGUUCCCGGCGGGCGGAUGGAAAUGGAUGCAUGGAUGUCCGGUCGAUUGACUGGGCGAUCUCUUGUUUCCUGUCGUUUAAAUGGUUCUGUACAUACAGGUUUGCCGUUUGAUUCAGGGUUGACACCACCACGUAGAUCAUCUAGCGUUCAGAUCUCUGCUUAUUGAUUGGUUCUUUGUUCUUCCUCUUGUCCUGUUCUCGAUUGAUCCGAUGAAAUUUGCCGCUGAUUGGUUCGUUCA